CAUGCCGCCAUGCAGCACUACGGGGUGAACGGCUACUCGCUGCACGCCAUGAACUCUCUCAGUGCCAUGUAUAACCUGCACCAGCAGGCCCAGCAGGCCCAGCACGCCCCGGACUACCGGCCGUCAGUGCACGCUCUCACACUGGCCGAGCGCCUGGCUGACAUCAUCUUGGAGGCCCGCUAUGGCUCCCAGCACCGCAAACAGCGCCGCAGCCGCACAGCAUUUACGGCUCAGCAGCUCGAGGCCCUGGAAAAGACCUUCCAGAAGACCCACUACCCGGAUGUGGUGAUGCGUGAGAGGCUGGCCAUGUGCACCAACCUGCCUGAGGCCCGGGUGCAGGUGUGGUUCAAGAACCGCAGGGCCAAGUUCCGAAAGAAGCAGCGCAGCCUGCAGAAAGAGCAGCUCCAGAAGCAGAAGGAGGCCGAAGGCUCCCACGGGGAAGGCAAGGCAGAGGCCCCAACCCCAGACGCCCAGCUGGAGACCGAACAGCCCCCGAGCCUGCCCAGUGGUGACCCUCCCGCUGAGCUUCACCUGAGCCUGUCUGAGCAGUCGGCCAGUGAGUCAGCCCCUGAGGACCAGCCAGACCGGGAGGAGGAUCCCCGGGCAGGGGCCGAGGACCCCAAAACUGAGAAGAGCCCUGGGGCUGAGAGCAAGGGGCUGGGCUGCAAGAGAGGCAGCCCCAAGGCAGAUUCCCCAGGCCUGGCGCUGGCUCCUGCAGCUCCUGGGGGUGGCCUCCUGGGCCCCUCCCACUCCUACUCCUCAUCCCCGCUGAGCCUCUUCCGGCUGCAGGAGCAGUUCCGCCAGCACAUGGCUGCCACCAACAACCUCGUCCAUUACUCGUCCUUUGAGGUGGGGGGCCCGGCCCCUGCCGCCGCUGCCGCUGCUGCGGCCGCCGUGCCCUACCUGGGCGUCAACAUGGCCCCGCUGGGCUCCCUACACUGCCAGUCUUACUACCAGUCCCUGUCAGCGGCCGCGGCGGCCCACCAGGGUGUGUGGGGGUCCCCACUGCUGCCCGCGCCCCCCGCCGGCCUGGCACCUGCCUCGGCUGCCCUGAACAGUAAAACCACGAGCAUCGAGAACCUGCGGCUUCGGGCCAAGCAGCAUGCGGCCUCUCUGGGACUCGAUACGCUCCCCAACUGACUGCUGGCCUCAGCCUCAGCCAGGGGUCUUGGGUGCCACCUCCCAGCCCCAGGGUUAUACCCCGAUGGCUUGCAAGGAAUUAACUCUAGGAGCCCAGGGAUCCCGGGGCCUUGGAGUCUUGCUCCCAGUCCCCCUCCCCAAAUCCCAGCCCUAGGUGAGGCCCACACUUGCACACCCUCUGCAUGGCCCUUGCUUGGAAUCCCAUGGAGGCCACAGGGGGGUGGGGGAGGCGAGGCCAGGGCGCCUGCGGCCUUCUGCUGGGGAGUGAGGCCCGCAGGGGCCAGAUCCUCACCCCAGCACAACCUCCUCCCUGCCUGCCCUCCCUUCUCUCUGCCCCCUAGUAAGUCGAUGUGUGGAAUGUGAGAUAUAAAUAUAAAUAUAUAA